AUGACAGUUAAUGACAUUAGAGAGCUGGCUCGGUUGUCUUCAUUGUGUCAAUCCGGUUCUGUUGUGCUUUACGGAUUACGUUAUUUUUUCUUUCACUCACUCACUCAUUCUGUGCAAGGUGUUCAGACACAAGUCACCACGGCGGAUCCGCAGUUGUGGCUACCUGCAUACAGUCCAAUCCCAGUCUCAGACGAGGAACCUCGAGUUCUGCGUGCGCGUUUCCCGUUGCGCCGCACUCGAAUGACGAAAGUCGUGAUAACACGGAUUGUUUUCAUCAGCACCCCGUCUGACGGACAACCCAGUUUGUGUAGCGCCUUUGUUCUGACCGAAGCUGUUCCACUCGCACCGGGUCCGAAACCUGUACAGUCUCGUAAAACUGCCAUCGAUUUUGCUUCGCAUGAAAGUUUGCGUCUAACCGGAGCUCGUGCGCCUCCGCCAAAAGUGUUGAUGCCACCGUUAGAUCUAGGUUUCAAGGGUCAAACAGGAUCUGAAUCUCGAAAGCCAAGUCGAUCGGCAGGUGGCAGCGGUGGUGGUAGCGGUGGCGGUGGCGGCCAUGGUAGCGGUGGUGGUCGCAAGUCUGGUGAUUACCAGUCAGACGCUGCGUCCGAUGAUCCAUGGUCUGUACCCUCGGCGUCAGCCACCGGGAUUGAGGAUAGUCAAAACUUUCGCCAUUCCGGACCGCACUAUUCAAGCAGACCAGACGGGAAAAAAGUGAACUAUGGGCAGGGGAAACGGAAAUCGAAAGGUUUUAAUACGGCCUCGGAUCAAGGUAUUCGUGAUACGAACUCGUAUCAAAAUGAACCUUCGAAUUAUCAGACUGCAUGGAAUCCCUAUAUCUAUCCGCCCAAAAUUCCUAACUCGCCGUCAUCUUCAUCAUCCUCGUAUUUUUCUGAAUUUCGAAACGGUCCAUCCGAUCAUGGCUACCCGGGAAAACAAAAUUCGGCCUACAACUCGAUGCCAAAUCAUGGCCCAUAUGCGGAAAAUUCUCGGUCCGCGGGAUCUUACCAACAUCCAUACAGAUCUUGGGAAUCAGCGGGGUUUAUCAACCCCGGUCCAGUACAAUCAAAUCCAAAUCAACCCGUUCUGGCUCCUUAUCCGUUUGUACAGUACGACGUCGGUGCUCGAGGUGUAGGUGAUCCUUACGGUCGAUGGGAACCGCAAACCGCAUACUACCAACCACCGGCUCAGUCAUUUUGGAAUCCGUAUGCUCCACCACAGGCCGGUUGGUAUACUGCACAGCUUGGUCCACAGCCCAUAUUACAAGGCGGACAGACUAUUCAAUUUAUUCCCCCGAACGCACAGAGACCGGCCGAGAUGCGACCUACCUCAGUGAUCGGACAUCCGUCAAAUUAUCGGGAAAUCUCGCGGGAAGAAAUGUCUCAACGUGUGCGUGAAUACGAGCAGGCUCAACAGAGCAAUGGAAUAGAGGAUCUUCGUCUACCAUCAUUAUCCAAUGCAGAUCAAACUGGCCAGUCAAAAGAUCCGACUGAUCCUGGCAAUUCUGCGCAUGAUCAAGCGGUGCGGCAUUUCGUCGGUAUCGCCUCUGAAUGGUCAGUCAUUGGUGUGGACGCGCUGUUCGACGAAAUUGACUUGAACGGUAAGAAUGGAACAGAUGAUAUAAUGUCCUGA